AUAUUUCAUACCUUAUCAAUACGAUUUUCUCAGUAUAAUACGGUCUGUCGGAAAAUUAAACCGUUGAUUGUUCAAUGAUUUCCUUCAAUGCUGAAAGGGAUCUUUUCAAUUAAGAAUUACUGGUACUUCAUUUAAUCUGGAGAAGAAUAUUCAGAGGUAGAGGAAAUAAGAAUGAGGACCCAAGGAUGGCUACCUGAAAAUUUCAUUGCACGUAGGGAAAACAGCGCACAAAUAAAAACUGUGUCCAGAGUUUAUGCCAAUGUUUUUGAGGGGAAACCAGCCUCAUUUUAUGAUUAUGAUAAUUUCACACCAAAAUUAGAGGAUAUAAAUGAAUACACAAUUGUUAGACAUUUAGGUCAAGGCAAAUACAGCGUGGUUUUUGAAGGAUUGAAUGAGGUCAAAAACGAAAAUGUAGUAAUUAAAAUAUUGAAGCCAGUCAGGCGAAAAAAAAUCAAGAGAGAAAUAAAAAUCUUAGACUACCUAAAAGGAGGAGUCAAUAUAAUUAAAUUAUUAGCAGUAGUAAGUAUUCCAAAUACUGAUUUGAAUGGUCUCAUCUUCGAACACAUGGAAAAUAGCGAGGUUUUCAAAAAAAUUUACUUGGAAUUACAUGAAGCAGAUACACGAUAUUACAUGUAUGAAGUAAUGAAAGCUCUAGAUUACUGCCAUAGUAAAGGAAUAAUGCACAGAGAUGUGAAACCCCAAAAUAUCAUUGUGGAUCAGAAGAAUAAAAAACUAAGACUCAUUGAUUGGGGCUUAGCGGAAUUCUACCAUCCAAAACAAGAUUAUAAUGUUAGAGUAGCGAGCAGAUACUUUAAAGGACCAGAAUUGCUUGUUGAUUAUGGCUAUUAUGAUUAUUCUUUAGAUAUUUGGUCAGUUGGGUGCAUGUUCGCCUCGAUGAUAUUUCGGAGAGAUCCAUUUUUUCACGGUUAUGACAACUAUGAUCAGUUAUUACGAAUCGUGAAAAUAUUGGGAACCAACGAACUCUUCACAUAUCUAGAAAAGUAUAACAUCCCUCUCGAUAGUAAAUUCAUCAAUAUGUUAGGACAUCACAGCCGGAAAAGUUGGCAGAGAUUUGUCCCAACAGAGACAGAACAUCUCGUCAACGAAGUGGCUAUCUCAUUUCUAGAGGCAAUGCUAAAAUACGACCAUACAAAAAGAAUAACAGCCAAAGAAGCUUUGGAGCAUCCAUAUUUUCUUCCUUUGCAACGAAAGGCGAAACAUUCCUCUGUUACACCAAAUUUAAAUAAUUUGACACUCGUGAAGUCGGAAGCUGAAAAUUGAAAGCGAACUUGUGAAUUGCAAUUAUCAACAUAUUGUGGUUUUUUAUUUAUAUAUAUAUCAUCGUUUGUGAGCCUGGAAUAAAGUUUAUAUGGUUUCGAA